UUUUGACUCAGUCCCUCCAGCUGAGUGACCAGCUACACAUGCUCUUGCUGACACUAUGUGAGGAUCUGCCACACAAAAGGCUUUCUCCUGAGUCAAUUCUGGAAGCAUGUGAGACACAUCAGAAAGAAGCUGCUUUCUUACCAGCUAAUGUCUAUAUAAAGAAAAUGGUCUUGUUUGCUGUGGGAAGUGUCAGUGAGGUAGAGCGGGUAGUCAACGAAGACAGCACAGCCUCUCAGCUUAACAGAAGUCAUGUGAUAAGGAAAAGGCUGCAUGAGAAAAUAUCGGACAGCUCACCACUGUACUCCCAGAUGAAUUUUCACCAAGACAAAGGGUCCAGGUUAAUGAAUUACAGUCAAUCAACAGAAGAUUACAGACAACUCUCUGUGGACUACAGUGACUCUAAUAGUAUUUCUGAAAGUACAUCUUUGAUACUGUCUAACCGAGGACACAGGAGAGGGAGAGUUCCACAGACACACCGGUCAUGGGACCCCACCCUUAGUGGGUCAAGGACACAAAGUAGCUACAAGCUCUUCAUAAACAGAUCGGUCAGUGCUGUAGAAGAAAUCCCUACUGGAAUUCAGAAGAACAGCAGACAGAACCUGCUAAAUUUAGGUUCCACCUUCUCUGUGUCUACAAAGGACUACACAGCAGCUGCUACAUCACAGAAAUGUUUGUUCCACAGGAAGGAAAAGUUUUCAGGUCCAGAAUUUGUUAUUUUGUCUAGUGAACCACCAGUGACCUUACAGCUGCCUGGAUCAAUUGUGACUAAAAAAGGGAAAUCCUAUUUGUCCCAAAGGGAUCUCAAUGUGAUUCUACUCAAUGGGCAGUGCCUUGAGGUGCAAUGUGACAUCAAGUCCAAGGCAAGAGAUGUUUUCAACACCGUGGUGGCAUAUGCAAACCUGGUGGAACAUUUCUACUUUGGCUUGGCUUACCUGAAAGGUAAAGAAUUCUUCUUUUUGGAUGAGGAGACCAAACUCUACAAAGUGGCCCCAGAUGGCUGGAAUGACCAACCCAAGAAGAAAACAUCCAUCAUUAAUUUCACGCUCUUUCUAAGGAUAAAAUUCUUUGUCAAUCACUUUAAUAUUAUCCAGCAUGGCUUGACAAGGCAUCAGUUUUAUCUUCAGCUUCGUAAAGAUAUUUUGGAGGAGCGACUGUAUUGCAAUGAUGAGACUGCUCUGAAACUUGGUGCUUUGGCUUUACAGGCAGAGCUUGGCAAUUAUGCUCCUGAGAUGCACGGGAAGAGCUAUUUUCGUGUUGAAGACUACAUUCCAGCAAGCCGAAUAGAGAAAAUGACCCUGGCACAUGUACAGAGGGAGCUUGCUAAAUUGCAUCGUGUGAAUCAUUCCCUAUUUGAGGAUGAAGCUGAACUAGAAUUUUUAAAGGUGACUCAGCAACUUCCUGAAUAUGGAGUCUUAUUCUACCGUGUUUCCCAAGAGAAGAAAGGAGCAGCAGGGGACAUCAUCCUGGGAAUCUGUGCCAAAGGCAUCAUUGUUUAUGAGGUUAAAAAUCAAACAAGAAUUGCCAGUUUAAGAUUCCAGUGGCGUGAAACAGAGAGAAUUUCUGCUCAUAGAAAAAAGUUCAUGAUUGAAAGCAGCUUCAGUGGCAAGAAACACACCUUCAUUACUGAUACAGCAAAGACAUGUAAAUAUCUACUGGACCUCUGCUCUGCCCAGCACAAAUUCAAUGCACAGAUGAACUCUAGGCAACUUCGGCAAACAUCAUCAGAGGAAAGUAAAUUUGUGGAAACAGACAAAUCAAAUUCUGCAUAUGCAGCUCAGCAUGAACACCUUGCCCUGAUUCAGAGAUUGUCUCGUUCAGAGAAUGUGCUCUAUGGAGCAAACCUGGAAAAUCUUUCUGCUGGGAUGAUGAGCAAAUCUUGUGAUAACCUCAGUGUGGAAACCAGCAACAGGACUAGACACAAAAGCAAUCUUGGCAGAUCCACAUCAGGACUAUCCCAGUCAGAAAUGCACAUCAAUUUGAAUGGAAAGCAAAGGAGUUAUGACUACCUGUCUACCCAUUCAACUCAGAACACAAUCAAUGCACCUGGAUCACCAGCCAUCCAAAAGGAAGUUUUACUAAGUGGUUUAGAAAGGGAAAUAAUUUGUGUCAACCUAAAACGUGACCCUAAGAAUGGAUUUGGUUUUGUAAUUAUUGGAGGAGAAAAUGUAGGAAAAUUAGACCUCGGUAUCUUUAUCGCUUCAAUUAUCCCUGGGGGACCUGCAGACAGAGCUGGAAAUAUCAAACCAGGAGGACGACUCAUCUCUGUGAAUAAUACUAGUCUUGAGGGUGUUUCAUUUAAUACUGCAGUUAAAAUCAUACAGAAUUCUCCUGAUGAAGUGGAGCUCAUCAUCUCUCAACCCAAAGACAUAUGUGAAGAAGGACUAAAUGAAGAAAAGAAUCUAUCAAGAGGAAACAGCACUAGUGGAUCUGAGAUCUCCUGUGCAGACAACAGGAGAAAAAAGAUUCAGGAUUGUCAUACAGCCCUCCCCAAAGAACAGGACAGAAAUGUAGAUGAACUUGAGAAGGCCCUUUCCUGGAGUUUAGUACCAAAUGUGGACUCUAGGAUUCCAGUUCCUUCAGCUGAUAGCCUGGAUGUGGAGGAAGCUGAUUCUUCGCACUUACCAUCUCCAUCUGAAACUAACUCAAAGGAAAUUUAUACUGUGGAGCUUGUUAAAGAAGACGGAACUUUUGGAAUCAGUGUGACUGGUGGAAUUAACACUAGCGUACGCCACGGUGGGAUAUAUGUGAAGUCAAUUAUUCCCAUGGGACCAGCUGAUAAAGAUGGACAAAUAAAGAUAGGUGAUCGUCUCCUGGAAGUGGACGGCAUCAGCCUCUGUGGCAUCACUCACAAACAGGCUGUGGAACACCUGAAGAAGUCUGGCCAGAUUGCCAAGCUGGUUCUAGAACGGGGAAACUACCAAUCGGCAGAGCCAUGCCUGACUGUUAAUGACAGAAAGGAGGACCAAUGCGCAGUUGUUUCUGUAGCGACAUCCUUCACAGAUGAUAUCAAGGACUACUGCUUUUUGACAGAUGAUAAUAUAUUUGAAGUCAAAUUAACAAAGAAUUUGGGAGGCCUCGGCUUUAGUGUUCUGCAAAUGGAAGGAGAUGGUUGCAAACACCUCGGAGGAUCUAUCAUCAGGAUCAAAAGACUGUUUCCAGGGCAGCCAGCUGAAGAGAAUGGCGAAAUUGAAGUCGGAGACAUCAUUUUAGCUGUGAAUGGGAAGCCUAUUCAAGGACUCCUGUAUCAGGAUGUCUUGCACUUGUUGAGAGGAGCUCCUUCAGAAGUCAUACUACUACUUUGCAGACCACCAAAAGGUGUUCUUCCAGAAAUAGAGCAGAGUGCCAUGACUCCAGCACCAUCUCCAGUUAAGGAGUUCGUGGCAGAAACACCAGGCAGUACAGAGUUAGGAAAUAGUAUGGAUCAGUCAACCAGUGAUGGAGGUAGCACCUCUCCAGACCUCGAAGACUGCCUGGAUUCUCCAGUGGCAGCAGAUUUCAGUGAGCCUCCUGAGGAAGACAGUUCAACUUACGAAGAGCAAGAAGCUGAACUUCCAGAGAAGCCCAUACAGAAACUUAUGACUUCCAGGGAACAUUUCUAUAAGCAUCUUUGGCAGUUUGAUCAAGAAGCUGCCAGUUCUGAAGUCUUUCACUUCCUCGAGGAAGAAAUGAAGGAGAACUGCUACUCACCAUGUGAAUUUGGACGGGCCAAAAGCUCAACAUCUGUGACCUCACUUUCAUGGGGAGGAAGCUCCGAGACACUCUCCACAACUAUGAUGACCCCACAACCACGUGCCUAUGGUCCCUUCUCAUCAUCCAUGCCAGCUAGAGAGACACAUGACAGUGACAAUGAAUGGGAAGACUUGGAGGAACUAGAAGAAGAGAAGGAAGAAAAGGAAGAUUGCACUAAGGAAACAGAGAUUUUUGUGACUUUGACAAAGUCAGAGAACAACAGUUAUGGAUUCUCUGUAGCUCUUAACAAAGUGGACUCUUGCCUCUUUGUUGAUGAAAUCUUGAAUGAUCCUGCCCUGUCUGAUGGAAGACUAAGAAGGGGAGACAGAAUCAUUAUGGUGAAUGGAAUUGAUGUCACAUCUUUACCAUGCAAUCAAGCCCUGACUUUACUGCAAAGCUCCCCUCCUGAUCUGCACCUUGUGGUUGGUCGUGCUGACAGUGAUCCACGUCCCUCUAUUAGGCCAGAUGAGAUUCCUGAAAUUACUCUCACCAAAGGUGCCAAUGGACAGCUAGGCUUGAAGCUGGCAGGAGGGGCUGGAAGCAAGUUACAAGGUAUUUAUGUGCUAGAAAUAGUGCCUGGCUCUCCCGCCAGUGUGGAAGGCAGUUUGCAGCCACGAGAUCAGAUUGUUUACAUCUGUGGACUGUGGACUGAGGGCAUUAGCCUGGAUGAUGCAGUGAGAGUGUGUGAAGCUGCCACCCAGCAUGUCCAAAUCAAAGCCACAAGAAAUGGUAAUCCAGUGGUUCCUAUAGAGCAGGAGAAUAGGCCACCUGCUGAGACAGAGAAAGCCAAUAUUUCUUUCUCAGAUGAAAACCUGAAUUCCCAAGAACAGCAUCUGCUGCAUCAACAUGAGAAACAUUUGGAGGAAACAAACUGUGAUGCUGAGCAAAACACACCUGAUUCUCCAGAAUGUAAGGACUUCAUUAUUAAGAUUGAGCUGGAAAGAGCGGAAAAUGGAAGCCUAGGAUUUGCACUCGUAGGUGGAAGAAAUGGCAGGGCUGUCCUAAUAAAGGCCAUCAGCCCAGACAGCAUUGCAGACACAGAUGGAAGGCUUCAAGUUGGUGACAUCCUGCUUAAGGUGAAUGAGACUUUUGUGUCUGGCCUGCCACGCCAAACAGUUACAGAUUUGCUGCGCAAGGCUCAAGGCACUGUUCAACUCACUGUGUGCCGAAGGAUGGCUUUGCAUUGGGCUUAUUCAGGCAACCAAAGUGAGAGUAUACCUUCGCCUCCAAACACAAAAGCAGGGCCUGAUAGUGCAGAGGGAAGCCUGCGAGCUCAGCCUGUUCUCACUUUCAAGGAAGAAGAAUCCAACCAGAUGUGUACCAAGGAUCUAGAUAGCACACACGAUUCGCUUCUGCAAGGUCAGCUGUCUGGACGAGACUGUAAGGAUAUAAUCUGUAACAUUUCAGACAGGUUACAGAAAUAUGCCGAAUGUGAAGGCUGCAGAAGAGAGACUCAGCAGCCUGUGGCAGACAACCAGAAUGAUGAAGACAAUGAUAUGCCCUACAGGAUUUCUGUUCUACCUAGAAGUAGAACCUUUGCUUCUGGAGAUGAACUGACUCACUUAAUUAACUUUAAAACAUCACUGGCUGGAAUAGGUCCAACAACUGGCAUCACAGGUCUUAUUCAAGACCUUCACUUUCGGAUUGAGACUCAAGAGGUGUUAAAGGAGUUUGUGGCUUUAGAACGUUUGAAACCAAUAGAUGACUGCAGAACUGGCAAAGCACCAGAAAACCGGGAUAAAAACAGAUACCGAGAUAUUCUUCCAUAUGAUAGGACACGAGUUCCUCUGGGAGAAAAGAAUGGCUACAUUAAUGCAAGCUACAUUAGAAUGAAAGUUGGAGAAGAUGAACAUUUCUAUAUUACAACCCAAGGGCCUUUGCCAUCCACUGUGGCUGAUUUCUGGCAAAUGGUCUGGGAGAGUGAAUCAGAUGUGAUUGCCAUGAUGACAAAAGAAGUGGAGCUAGGGCAAAUCAGAUGUCACCGAUACUGGCCUGAACCUCCCCAUGACUCUAUAGACCUGGCUAAUUUCCAUCUCAGGCUAGACAAUUACCAGAUUCUGGAAUACUUCAUAAUUAGAACAAUAGAAAUGAUCAACAAGCAGACAGAAGAGAAGCGCAUUAUAAGUCAUUUGCAGUUUACCACUUGGCCAGACCAAAAUACUUCCGAACUGCCUGAGCAGCUUGUAAAAUUUAUUUGUUACAUGAGAAGAGCUCACAGCACAGGACCUAUUGUUGCUCACUGUAGCACUGGCAUUGGAAGAAGUGGAGUUUUGCUGGCUGUUGAAGUUCUGCUCAGCUAUAUAGAAAAAGAUUUAUCUUUCAACAUCAAGCAGAUAGUGAGAGACUUGAGACAUCAGCGAUUUGGCAUGAUCCAAACAAAGGAUGAGUAUUUAUUCUGCUAUGAAGUUGUGCUGGAAGUCCUUCAGAACCUUCAAGCAAUGGAUUCCAACUGACUGCAAUAUGACUCUUCCCUGUUGCUGUUCCCGUUGGACUCCAGGGACCACUCAGUAAUUGCUUUAAAGCAAAGUCAAGCCAGCACAGACAAGUGUUAUAUUACAUGCUUUGUUGGAUUACUCUGAUUUCUAAAGCAUUUCAAAACCUUGCUUAACAUGUCGUUGGUAAGUCAUUUAAGUCUUGGCACACAGUUUGGAGAAACAGCCAACCAGUGCUGCAACACUGCUGUUAAAUUAAAAUGGAAUUUGCGUGCUCUGUAAAAUAACAUAUCGAUUGUUUGGAAAAUAUUUUGGGACUCUGACAAGGAGAUAGCAGCUUUUGGAAUUAGUUCUACUUUCCGGAGGCAACUAUGAAAAUCUAAGGUUCUGCUGGUGUUGGUGGAAGAUUAGUUGUCCCUUACAUAUUCUUGGGCACUAUUGGUUUCUGGACUGCAAAUCAGCAUUUUCUACAGUAGUUAUGCUUUUGUGUGGAAGGACUCAAUUUAUUUAGCUUUGGUUGCUUGAACAAUGUAGAAUCAUUUCCAGUCAUCACUCCAGCCCAGGAAUUUAUACCACCAUCAAAGGACAUCUUAAGAAACUGACAGAAAAAUAAGAUGCCUUUAAAAUCUAGUGGGUUCUUUUCAAAGCAGAAAGAGUGUUCAAAUAAUUGGAUAGAAUAUUAUUUUUUCCCCAGCAAUAUGAACAUCUUUAGACAGCAUCAGUAUUCUUUCAUUCUGCAUCCAUGUGAAAAGGAAUGCAAUACAAAGCCAGAUGAAAGGACUGUGUGUGCAUUGUGGCACACAUUUACCUUUCAUCUUCCCCUGAUCAUUUUCAUUAGGUAUCUU